GUUUCUGCGUAUAGUUGCAUUUGCCUCGAGCAAUCGUUCAGUCACCGCGGGUUCGUAAAAAAGUCAACAAGCCACGCUGCACACGAACAUAGGACGCCAUCAUUAAAGCGAAUCGUCGAGCGGUCACCAUCCCGAGAGAAAAAAGCGUGGCUGAACAAUUUGGCAAAUGCUCGCUGGUGCCGUUUCGUAACCCAGCUCAAUCCCGGAACACACAGGUCGCUUCUUGCGAUACCUCUACUUACGACGUGCUUGGUCGCCUAAGGUCGCGGCUCGCCAUCUGCAAAAAUGUCGUACAAUUUUUUGCAACCGCGUGCAACUGAUAUGCGUGGCUCUGAUACGCAAUCCGAAGUAUCUGAAUCGGGUACCACCAACUCUGGAUGGACCUCCAGCUGGGACUCACGGGAGGAUUUGCGGGACUUCGCUACCAAGAUCGGUCUGAAGGACACCACAGAGUUAUACAAGGACCGUUUCCUCGUUGAUCGCGGACAAUUGGAGCAAAUGCUCAGCGGUGACAAUGAGGCACCACUGCCGGCUGAUAUAUUUUUUGAGCAGAUAAUGGCGGACACUAAUACAUUCAUAACAUGGCCGAAAAAAUUGAAAAUAGGAGCCAAGUCCAAGAAAGAUCCUCGCGUAAGGAUUGCAGGGCGAGAAGAUGACGUGUUGGCCGCCAAGGAACGCAUCAUGACUGUAUUGGACAAUAGAAGUAACCGUGUAACAAUGAAAAUGGACGUCAGCUAUACUGACCACUCGCAUAUUAUUGGCAAGGGAGGACUCAGCAUUCGUCGCGUGAUGGAAGAGACCCAGUGCCACGUUCAUUUUCCGGACUCAAAUCGUUCCAAUCCAAACGAGAAAUCAAAUCAGGUGUCUAUUGCUGGAGAUAUACAAGGUGUUGAAUUGGCCAGAUCUCGUGUUAGGCAAAAAACUCCAGCUAUUUUUGGCUUUGAGCUGCCAAUCAUGUCGCAAAACGUAGAUCCCACUGAAAGCUAUCUGGUUAAAAUCCAGGAGCAAUACGGGGUGCAGAUGAUACUGAGGACAAGGCCAAAACUGCAUGCCACUUUAGUGCUGGUGAAGGGCGUCGAAUGGGAAAUCGAUCAAGUAAAAAAGGCCACUAUGUUGUUGGUGGAAUAUCUUUGCGAGCAUUUAGCGAGUCAAAUUCCGAUUCAAAUGACAAUGGAAAUAUCGCCAAUACACCACGCGAUGGUGAUUGGAGCAAAUCAUCAAAAUCUCAAGGAAAUAAUGCAAGAAACUGGUACUAAAAUCCUAUUUCCAGAUGCUCAUGAUCCCAACAUACCAAUUUUGAAAAAAAGUAACGUUACGAUCACGGGUAACAUUCAUAACGUUUACGCUGCUCGCCAAAUUUUAACUGGAUCAUUGCCUAUACUUUUGAUGUUUGAUCUGCCUGGUAAUCCAGCCAAUUACAAAUCAGAUAAACUGAUGGAGAUUCAGAACAAGUGUGACGUCAGCGUUAAUCUCAGAGUCAAAGGCAAACAAAAUUCGAUGGUUUGCAUUAUUAAAGGUGCCGAACGCAAUGCGACUAAUAUUUACCGAGCUCGCAACAUGGUGCUUCAACUUGAAGAGCCUAAUUUUGUAGCCGAUAUUCCGCCUAGUUAUCACAUGCGAUCUCAUGAUCUCCUCACACCUACUCCAAUGCAACCCCAUUCAACAUCCUGCCUAACUUCCCCAACGUGGCAAUACCCGCCUGCUUCGUUUAACCAAGCUCAAUCUGUUCAACCGUUCAUGGGCUUUUCUAUGGGACAGUCACUGUUUCCGUUCAACAAUAAGUCCAACACCAGCAGCCAGAACCAGAACUCUAUGGGCAGCAGCGGUUACUAUUCCCUUGGGCAGAUCUCUGCCAGUUCGCUUUCGUUGGAAAAAAGCCGCGAUGGCAACAACUACUCGCUUUCUACUAUUUCUAGCAACGGCUCGCUCUCCAAUAAGUCUAGUCCAGCGCAGAGCCCUCGAAAACAACAACCGUACUACCAACGCAAUUACAAUGAAUCCGUAAAAGGCCUCGUCAAUUUAAAUCUCAACGAGUACAAAAAUCCUGUUGAUCAGGAAGCCAAACCUAGCGAGUAUGAAUCGAAGCGAAUGGCUGGUUUUCUUGCUAUGCAGAAUCGUCCCAGCGGAAAUCAGUUCAGAUAUCCCAAUAGCAACUGGGCCGGUUAUGGCAUCAGCCACACCAGUCCGAAUCCGUUGAUCGACAAAGUAAAUACUACUUCGGAACAGAAUGAUGAGGUGUGGAAGUCUCCAUCGAAGGACUUUCCAUCCCCGCCGGCCAAGCUAAACACUUCGAAUUGCAUGGAAUACACACCCGGAUUUGUUAUGAAUCGGAUAAUGAGUAGCAAGUGGCCCGAUUUACCCACACUUCUUACAUCCAUCGGAUGUGAAAAGUACAUUUCGCUUUUCAACUCGCAUGAGGUGGACCUUGAGACAUUCGCUUCUAUCAGCGAUAAAGAUUUGGUAACGCUGGGCGUGAACAUUUUUGGUUGCAGACGGCGAAUGCUCUUAGCCAUAGCAGAGUUGAACAAGAGGGAUAAUCCCUUUUCACCAGCACCAGGAGCCGAACGGAAAGCAUCCAUUUCUCCGACCACCGAAAAUAAUUAUAGCUCACGCGACAAAUGGUAACGUCUGUAGAAACAUUUAGUUGGAUAUGUAAAAUUUACGUGCGGCAACCAAAAAAGCUCAAGUAGCUCUAAAAAGUGCGAAAACGAUAAGUUGAUAAUUGCUCGCGAAUUAAUUUUUAGAAAAAACUGCAAAUCUACAUUUAGCUAUACAAAGAAAGGUAAAUUCUUAUAGGUAAUUUAUUAUUUAUUAGGUUUUGUUCUGUCGUGCAUGUGUGACUUCAAAUAAUCAUGUGCGUCUGGUACGCAAGCAAAUUAAUAUUUGAAGCGUCGGUUUGUGUGCGCAAAUCGAAUGUUAGCAGGACGAUCACUCAGCACAACUCCACACACGCAUGCUUUACCACGCAGAAUUCGUUGUCGUAAUUUUUUACGACGAUUCGAAGCACGAAUUAAAAAAUUUCAUAUAAAAAGUUACGUUUGGGUGGCGUGUAACUAUUUUAUAUCCGCAAUUUUAACAUAGACUCGGAUCGUCGCGAACAAUUCCUUCAACGACGAGUCCUAUCACAGAUUUUAAAACAAACCAAAAGUCAUUGUUCACAUAAGAAAGAUUACAUGUUACCGUUGGUUACAACUAUUUAUUCAGUCAUUUUUACAAUAUGUGAUACUAUUUUACGAAAUAGAAUGCCAAUCGCGAGACAGAAAUGCCAGAAU